AUAGGCCCAUCUCAUGUCCUAAAUAUAACAUAGAACUGCCCAUCGUCGCCUUUUUCUUCAGCUGCCACUGCCCCCUCUUCUCUCCGGCCGAUCGUUCCGUCAUUCUUCUUCUCCCUGAGCUUGAAGCCGCGAUUUCGACUCAAUCCGCCUCCGUCAGCCGUCGCCGUCGCCUUCAGCAGUGUUCUCCCCAGCCGCUCAUUGUUCUUACGCCCUCUAAUAUCUCUGUUUCAUUCAUUCACAUUCACAGCUUCAUCCAAACAACGGAACAUUCUCAAUCUUUUCAAAACCCAACUCCAAACUCUCUCUCCUUCCCAGGGUCCUGCGGUCCUGAUUCUACCUCCCACACUCUUCAUCCCCUUCGAAACCCUUUUAGACGAUAAACGUGAAUAUAAACAAAGAAAUAGAAGCAUUUUUUAUUAUGCUCUACAACUAGUGCUUCACCGAUAAUAAAAUGCAAAACGUGGUAAUUUUGCAAGCAAGGAAAUGGUUUUCAAGAAGCUUGUCGAGCUUUUCUUCGAACCCUUUGAAAGUCUGCGUAGUUGGAAGUGGCCCUGCUGGAUUCUACACUGCCGAGAAGAUGUUGAAGGCUCAUCAACAAGCACAGGUUGAUAUCAUUGACCGGUUGCCCACGCCUUUCGGCUUGGUUCGCUCUGGUGUUGCACCCGAUCACCCUGAAACAAAGAUUGUCAUCAACCAGUUUUCACGGGUGGCGCAACACGAGCAAUGCUCAUUUCUUGGAAAUGUGACCCUUGGAUCUAGCAUUUCUCUCUCUGAAUUACGCAAGCUCUACCAUGUGGUUGUCCUUGCAUAUGGUGCUGAAAGUGACAGAAGUCUUGGUAUCCCAGGAGAAAGUUUGAAAGGGAUACAUUCAGCUAGAGAAUUUGUUUGGUGGUAUAACGGGCAUCCUGAUGGGCGAAAUCUUGAUCCAGACCUGAAGAACACAGAUGCAGCUGUAAUUCUUGGUCAGGGAAAUGUUGCUCUUGAUGUUGCACGCAUUCUUUUACGGCCUACUGCAGAGUUAGCAACAACUGAUAUUGCCAAUUAUGCUUUGGCUGCUUUGGAGGAGAGCUCUAUCAGGAAGGUCUAUUUGGUCGGAAGACGUGGUCCUGCCCAAGCGGCUUGCACUGCAAAAGAACUGCGGGAGAUUCUUGGUAUUCGUAACGUUGAUAUAUCCAUACAGGAAGUGGAUCUACGUUUAACACCAGCCGAUGAGGAAGAACUAAAAAGCAACAGAAUAAAGAGGAGAGUUCAUGAAUUGCUAUCUAAGGCCGCCGCCAAACCCAGAACUGCUGGUUUGAACCAACGUGAACUUCAUUUUGUCUUCUUCCGUAAGCCAGAUAGUUUUCAGGAGUCAGAAGACAGAACUGGCCAUGUUUCUGGUGUGCACUUUGAAAAGACAGUUCUUAAAGGUGAUGGCCCUGGAAAACAGAUAGCCAUCGGCACUGGAGAAUUUGAAGAUAUAAAAUGCGGGUUGGUACUUAAGAGCAUUGGUUACAAAUCAGUACCAGUUGAUGGCUUACCUUUUGAUUAUAAGAAAGGUAUAGUUCCAAAUUUUAGGGGUCGAGUGUUGAGUGACACGUCAGGGGAUCCGACACUUCUUGAAGAGGGCUUGUAUGUUUGUGGUUGGCUGAAGCGAGGACCAACUGGAAUUGUGGCCACAAACCUGCAUUGUGCUGAAGAAACUGUUUUGAGUAUAUCAGAAGACAUUGAAAAAGGAAUGUUGAUUUCAUCAGCUGCCUUACCAAAACCGGGCAGAGAGGGUCUUCUCCAGCUACUACAAGAUAGAGAUGUGAGGAUAGUUUCAUUCAGUGAUUGGGAAAAGAUAGACUCCGAAGAAAAGAGGCUUGGAAGUUCAAGGAACAAGCCUAGGGAGAAACUCUCCACCUGGGAUGAGCUACACAAAGCUGCCCUAGAAUGACUUGAUUUUUUAUACAUCUUAUACCAGGAACACAAAAUAAUUGAAAGGAUUUCAUGAUACGCACUUGUUGCGGAAGUCAUCCUCUUAUUUGUUGUAAACUUUUAGUU